AUGAAUAUUUUUAGUUACGAACAUUCAAUAAGUCUUUGGGAAAAUAUUUUCAGAGAAAAAAUCGUACGAAGUUACAAUAAAUUUGAUCCAGAAAUGUUCACAGAGUACACUGACCAACAGUGCUGUAUUUUAAUAGAUUCUAUUAACCAAAUGGCAUUAAAUUUGGGUUGGUACAAAUGCUUAAAGUACAUCAAAAUGCUUAAAAAUAAUCAAAAUGUCAAGAAACUUAUUGUGGUGCUGCAUAAAGAUUGUUUACAAUAUUCUUCCAAAUUACAAAAACAUUUAAAUCAUAUAGCAAAUGCGAUAGUUUCAUUUAAUGAUAAUGAUUCAUGUAAGAUUACAGUCCAAUUGAAACUAGGCAAUAAGUUAAUAAAAACUGAAGAAAUUUUGUGUUUUGAUCAGCUUACUUCUGUAUUAAAAUCUGAAAAGGUCAUUAAAGAGAUAGCUAAAGAAGAAGAACCUGUAAAACCUACUCCAGAUAGUCUUUCUACUUUUAAAAUAGAAGUGGAUCAAACUCAAAAGUUAGAAAAAUAUAAGUUAAAGUUACCCUAUAUGAGCAAAAUAAAUGAAGGCCAGAGUAAAGUUUACUAUGAACCUGAUGCAGUUGAUGACUGGGAUGAUGAAGAUCCAGACGAUGAUCUUGAUAUAUAA